CUGAGCCAUCUCGGGUGUGUCGCCCAAAGGACGUUGGACAAUCUAGACGAGGCUGACAUUAGACGGUCUAAACGAGCCUGACUGCCGCAGUGCUAAUCUCAGCGGUGUCCUUGCCCCUGGCGAAGAGUUUCAAACAACCGUCCUUUCCUGCUUUAGCAUCGACAGCGGGGCAGGCGGGCGGCGCGUGUCAUGUCGAUGGAGACCCUAGAGGCGGUUCAUUUCGAGGAUGCGAGCGAGGUGCGAGACGGAUGCCGGACGCAAUGGUCUACGCACGGCAACUGUCAAGUGUUGUCAAGUGCUGUCAAGCGUUGUCAAGUGCCGUCAAGUGCCGUCAAGUGCCGUCAAGUGCUGUCAAGCGCUGUCAAGCGCUGUCAAGCGUUGUCAAGUCUGCAUGUUGCAGCUGCGCGGCGAUGUGGAGGCGCAAAAGGCAGGGGCUUCGAACGAGAAGGAAAGGAUUCGAAACAGGAAGGAGGGAUUCCCAGCGAGAAGGAAAGAGUUUCGAAACAAGAAGGAAUCGCGGGAGAUUAUUCGAGAUGCUGGCGGCAUUCUUGCCCUGGCCACAUCAACGUUCCGUCAAUCUGAAACAAAUGCAGGAUGCAUGCAUGAAUCAAAACACGGACAUCAGACCACAACAGGUUGUGCACAAGAUGCGAUUCACAGCGAACCCCUGUUUUGCGGGACGACAGUCGGUAGCGAAGACGCCCGAGGACCGUCUAGCGUGACGAACCGUCGUUCAUGAAGCGCGUGUUGGCACGGUGGCCCAUCUUGCAGCUGUUGAGUGCGAAAUGGCACGGUGGUCCAUCUUGCAGCUGUUGAGUGCGAAA